AUGACUGGUAUGGUUAUGGUGACUCGGGCCGCCGUCGGGUGCGCCGGCAAGAGCUCCAAAUCUGCCGCCGCGGAGGCGGAGGCGGAGCAGCAGAGCCAGCUGUCUCUGCUGGACUUCAUCCUAUCUGCUCUGAGGAAAUCCAUGGUGUCCACAUGCCGGGUCGACCGGCGGGACCAUGAGGUGAUCUCCGCCGUCCGGCACAUGGAAAUCGGUUGGCCAACGAACGUCCGCCACAUAACCCACGUCACAUUCGACAGAUUUCACGGGUUUUUGGGGCUUCCGGUCGAGUUUGAGGUCGAGGUUCCUUGCCGAGCUCCGAGUGCUAGUGUAAGUGUAUUCGGGGUCUCUGCCGAGUCGAUGCAAUGCUCUUACGACAAUAGGGGCAAUAGCGUUCCAACAAUUCUAUUACUGAUGCAGGAAAGAUUGUACUCACAAGGUGGUCUAAAGUCAGAAGGAAUUUUUCGGAUAAACCCUGAAAAUAGCAAGGAGGAACAUGUGAGAGAUCAGCUCAACAGAGGCAUUGUGCCUCAAGAUAUCGAUGUUCAUUGUUUGGCAGGUUUGAUCAAAGCCUGGUUCCGUGAGCUGCCAGCUGGCGUGCUCGACGGGCUCUCUCCCGAGCAGGUUUUGCAGUGCAAUACCGAGGAAGAUUCGGACGAGUUGAUUAAGCAGCUAAAGCCAACCGAGAGUGGCUUACUAAGUUGGGCUGUCAAUCUCAUGGCUGAUGUGGUGGAGCAAGAAGAUUUCAACAAAAUGAAUGCCAGAAAUAUUGCUAUGGUUUUCGCACCGAAUAUGACUCAGAUGGCGGAUCCCCUGACUGCCCUCAUGCACGCCGUUCAAGUGAUGAACUUGCUCAAGACUCUCAUCACAAAAACACUACGCGAACGCGAAGGGGAGUACUCGCCCCUCCUCUCUUCUCGAAGCUCUUCCGUUAGGCAGACUGACGAGGAGGAAUACGAGAGCCAACAAGAAACAGAAACCGGAGGCGAGUCAACCGGGCCAGGCUCAGACGAGGAAUACGAACAGGACUUAUACAGCCCGUGCAGCAGCAAAAACCGACACAAGCCCGAAUCAUCCCUUAGCGACAUCGAGGAAUGCUUUCUUAGGCAGCUAGACGCGAAUGAGAACGCGAAAAACGGGUUUCGUAAGGAGCUCGAGGAAAUCAUCCUCUCCAACGGGUUUUCGCCGCCAGACAGUAAAAUUGGGAGCUCGUUUUUCAGCACGAGCGAUGGUGAGAAUUCGAGACUGAGUUCUUCGGUUGUUUCGGGCCUUCUUAACACGGGAUGCAAUUAG